AUGAAAGAAUCCGUCUCCAAGUUUGCAGACUCAGAGGUCGGCCCCAAAGUCCGAGAUAUGGACGAAGCGGAAUCUAUGGACCCGUCGGUCGUCGAAUCCCUCUUCGAGCAAGGCCUGAUGGGGAUUGAGAUUCCGGAAGAAUAUGGUGGAGCAGGCAUGAACUUCACCGCCGCGAUUGUGGGUAUUGAGGAACUCGCCCGCGUCGACCCAAGCGUAAGCGUGCUAUGCGACGUGCACAACACGCUUGUAAAUACAGCAAUAUUAAAAUGGGGCAGUGCAGCAAUGAAGAAGAAAUAUCUCCCCAAACUUGCUACAGAAACGGUAGGCAGUUUCUGCCUCAGCGAGCCCGCUAGCGGAAGCGAUGCCUUCGCUCUUAAAACUCGCGCCACGAAGACAGAUUCUGGUUCUUACCGGAUCAGCGGUAGUAAGAUGUGGAUCACCAAUGCCAUGGAAUCGGGAAUAUUCAUUGUCUUCGCCAAUCUCGAUCCCUCGAAAGGGUACAAGGGGAUCAGCGCCUUCAUCGUCGAGAAAGCGGAUAGGGGCUUCAGCAUCGCAAAGAAAGAAAAGAAACUCGGCAUCAGAGCGAGCAGUACCUGCGUUGUAAACUUCGACGACGUGGAGGUGCCCGCAGAGAACCUGCUGGGAAAAGAAGGCGAGGGAUAUAAAUACGCCAUCGGCCUUCUCAACGAAGGUCGAAUAGGUAUCGCGGCACAGAUGACCGGCCUCGCCCUUGGCGCAUGGGAAAACGCAGCCAAGUACGUGUGGAACGACCGUAAACAAUUCGGCCAACUCGUCGGCUCCUUCCAGGGGAUGCAGCACCAGCUCGCGCAGGCGUACACGGAGAUCUGCGCCGCGAGGGCGAUGGUUUUUAACGCAGCACGAAAGAAAGAAGCCGGAGAAGACUUCGUGAUGGAUGCUGCGAUGGCGAAGCUGUUUUCGAGUCAGGUUGCCGGUCGGGUGAGCGGGCAGGCGAUCGAGUGGAUGGGCGGCAUGGGCUUUGUGAGAGAUGGCAUCGCAGAGAAGAUGUGGCGGGAUAGUAAGAUCGGCGCCAUCUAUGAGGGUACCAGUAACAUCCAGUUGACGACUGUGGCCAAGCUGUUGCAGAAGGAAUAUACUACCUGA